UGCAGAAGAUAAACGCCACCAGUCACCCCUCUCUUUUACAUCACACCCGCCUUAUAAACCCUCAAAAACCACUCUCUCUCUCUCUCUCUCUCUAGAAAUCAAUCGUGUAUCUUGCAACACGAACAAUGGGCGCUUCGCUUCCUCCUAAAGAGGCCAAUCUCUUCAAGCUCAUCGUCAAAUCUUAUGAAACAAAACAGUAUAAAAAGGGGCUUAAAGCUGCAGAUGCUAUAUUGAAGAAGUUCCCGAAUCAUGGAGAAACUCUCUCGAUGAAGGGAUUAACAUUGAACUGCAUGGACCGUAAGCAAGAAGCAUAUGAGCUUGUACGCCUAGGAUUAAAGAAUGACCUGAAAAGCCAUGUUUGUUGGCACGUGUAUGGUCUUCUCUACCGAUCAGACAGAGAGUACCGAGAGGCAAUAAAAUGUUACCGGAAUGCUCUGAGGAUAGAUCCUGACAACAUUGAAAUACUUAGGGACCUAUCUCUCUUACAGGCACAAAUGCGUGACUUGACAGGUUUUGUUGAAACUAGACAACGGUUGCUGACUUUGAAACCUAAUCAUCGCAUGAACUGGAUUGGUUUUGCGGUUUCGUAUCAUCUAAAUUCAAAUGCGUCAAAAGCAAUUGAUAUCCUGGAAGCAUAUGAAGGGACUCUUGAAGACGAUUAUCCUCCAGAAAACGAACGUUGUGAGCAUGGGGAAAUGCUGUUAUACAAGAUAUCUUUAUUGGAGGAAUGUGGCUUUCUUGAGAAAGCGCUUGAAGAGUUGCGCAAAAAAGAGUUCAAGAUUGUUGAUAAAUUAUCGUACAAGGAAGUGGAGGCUUCGCUUCUUGUGAAGCUCAAUCGUCUCGAGGAAGGCGAAAAGUUGUAUAGGGUACUCCUUACUAUGAAUCCCGACAACUACAGAUACUAUGAAGAAUUACAGAAGUGCGUUGGACUGUAUUCAAAGACUGGUCAAUAUUCCUCCGAUGAAAUCGACAAGUUGCAUGCUCUGUACCGAUCUCUUGCGGAGAAAUACACGUGGUCGUCUGCUGUUAAGAGGAUUCCACUAGAUUUCUUGGACGGCGUAAAGUUUCAGGAUGCAGCGGAUAAUUAUAUCAGGCCUCUUUUAACAAAGGGGGUCCCGUCACUGUUCUCCGAUCUUUCUCCUCUGUAUGAUCAUGGUGGCAAGGCUGAUGUUCUUGAAAAGUUGGUUCUUGGCUUGGAGGAAUCACUUAAAAAGACAGGUGGAUACCCUGGAAGAUCAGAAAAGGAGCCACCUUCGACACUUCUAUGGACCUUGUUCUAUUUAGCUCAGCAUUACGAUAGACGGGCCCAGUAUGACGUGGCUCUUGCUAAAAUCGAGGAAGCUAUGCAACACACUCCAACUGUUAUUGAUUUAUAUUCUGUCAAGAGCAAGAUACUGAAACAUGCUGGCGAUUUUACGGCAGCAGCUGCGUUAGCAGAUGAAGCUAGGUGCAUGGAUCUCGCCGAUCGUUACGUAAAUAGUCAAUGCGUUAAACGAAUGCUGCAGGCUGAUCAGGUUACAUUUGCGGAAAAGACAGCAGUACUGUUCACGAAAGACGGUGAACAACAUAACAACCUGCAUGACAUGCAGUGCAUGUGGUAUGAACUUGCUUCUGGUGAAAGCUAUUUCCGCCAGGGUGAACUUGGGCGGGCGUUGAAAAAGUUUUUGCUGGUUGAGAAACACUAUGCGGAUAUAACUGAAGACCAAUUUGAUUUCCAUUCUUAUUGUUUAAGAAAAAUGACGUUGCGCGCGUAUAUUGAAAUGUUACGAUUUCAAGACCGGCUUCAUGCUCAUGCUUACUUUCGCAAGGCAGCUGCUGGAGCUAUAAGAUGCUACAUCAAGCAUUAUGAUUCUCCACCAAAAUCAUCAACCGAAGAAGACGAUGAACUAGCAAAAUUGCCUGCUGCUCAGAAGAAGAAAUUGAGGCAAAAACAGAGGAAGGCUGAAGCACGGGCGAAAAAAGAGGCAGAAGUAAAGAGCGAGGAAGCUAAUGCGAGUGGCGUUUCUAAGCAAGGGAAACGAAAUGUCAAGACCGUUGAUCCGGAUCCCCAUGGAGAGAAGUUAUUGCAGAUUGAAGAUCCUUUAGCGGAAGCUGGAAAGUACCUGAAACUACUUCAGAAACAUUCAUCUGAUUACUUGGAGACACAUUUACUGUCGUUUGAAGUUAAUAUGAGAAAGGAAAAGAUCUUGCUUGCCUUGCAGGCUUUGAAGCACCUGGUACAAUUAAAUGCUGAAAAUCCCGACACUCAUCGCUGCUUGAUAAGAUUCUUCCAUAAAGUGGCAUCAAGGUCGGCUCCUACAACCGAUGCUGAAAAACUCGUUUCCGGAGUAUUAGAAGCAGAACGACCAACUUUCAGUCAGCUGCAUGAUAAUAAAUCUCUGAUGGAGGCAAAUACGGUUUUCCUCGAGCAACAUAAAGAUUCGUUGUUGCACAGAGCAGCAGCAGCCGAGAUGAUCUAUUGUUUAGAACCGAACAAGAAGACAGAAGCAAUUAAGUUGAUUGAAGAAUCCCCUAAGAACUCUGUUUCAAGUGGCCCGCUUGGAUCCGUGAAAGAAUCGAAGUUGAAAGAUUGUGUUGCCGUUCACAAAAUUCUGGUUGCUACUUUCGACGAUCGAGAUGCUGCUCUAAGAUGGAAAAACCGAUGCGCAGAAGAGUUUCCGUACUCGACCUACUUUGAAGGCAGCCUCUGCUCUACUAUAACAUCGAACGAAACUUCCAAACAAGCACACGAGGCUGCUGAAAACGGAGGUAUCGAAUUUGUUCCAUCGAACGGUAAAGUAGAAAAGCUAGAUGCCAUGAAGAAUCUAGCCAUCUAACAAGAAAACUGAAUUUUAACCAGAUUUCAUAUGCUUAAGCCAUGCCCCCGGUUGUAGGAUAAGGUUUUAGAUCCCAGGAAAAAAACUAAAACUGGUUUUUAUCCUCGAAGCCGUUUUUUUCGUUCAUGUGAUCACAAUUCCUUAAAAAUGUGUAUAACCUACUCAAGUUUCUUGUGUCCACCCGAGUCAUGGACCCGAUGUUUUUAAGGUUAGAAAAAUAUCCUUGGAUCGUCGCCCUUUUGAAGGUAGUCAAGAAUCUUGAGAGUAUGUUGUACUGCUAUUUUUGGUUGGUCUUUUUUUUUUUAAUAUUUAUGUUGUAUAAUUGCUAUUCUUAUGUGACAAAAUUUUGACUUAUAAAUUUUACGAUAAGCGAUCUUGGACUUUGAUGUUA